AUGAAAUUUCAUAAAUCAGCUACAACAAAGGAUGAUCCUCAGAUUUUUAGACUCACUUCUUUAAACAGUAUCAACAGAAUAGAGAAAUCAAGCACAGACAAAAUUCGAUCACUUCAAUCAAGUCCAAAUCUUAAUUCAAAACCAGUUUCACCUAGAUCCUCUAGGGGCUACUUAAGCCCAAUAAGUGAGCCGAGCACGUCACCAAGCUCAAGACUCCAAUCAUCACCAAGAAUAGCUGAAAUUAUUGCCAACAUAAAGCUGAGAGCUGAAACGUAUACAUAACAUAGAGAUUUAAAGAGAUCUUUUGCAACAAAGUCGCCCAAGCUUUCGCAAUGUCUCAAAAGACUGGAAAAAUCAAGAUAUGGAAGGGAAAUCGUAAGUUGUCUGGAUGAUAGAGUAUAUAUUAAUUUCCCUUCCUUUAAAAUUUGAACAAAAUAUUGUUGCCUUUUGGGGGUGUUUUUGGUCAGUAGUUUACUGGCUUAUUGACUGUAGCCUGUCUUCUAUUUUCCAAUCACAAUAGAAAGCAGGCUACAGUCAUAAGCCAGUAAACUAGCAAUCAAAAACAUCUAUGGGCAAUAAUAAACUUGCAAUUAAAUUAAACGCCUCUUUAAUUUGGAACAAAAAAUUUUAUAUUCUAAAUUAAAAUUAAUAGUUUUAUAUAAGUAACUUUAAUACAAAAUUUAAUAUAACCAAAAUCAAAAAAGUUAUGCUUUUUUGCCUUGAGUGGCGCGGUACGGGCGCCACUUCGGCAAGCUCCUUCUUCCAGUUGGCCGAGCCAACUCAGGUUGGUUCGGCCAACUAGAAUUGACAAGUCUCCCCAAAAGGCCUCACUUGUCAAUUCUCCAGUUGGUCGAACCAACCUGAGUUGGCUCGGCCAACUGGAAGAAGGAGCUUGCCGAAGUGGCGCCCAUACCGCGCCACUCAAGCAAAAAGCUAUACCAAGCUUGUUUUAUUCUAAAGGAGAUAGCAAAUAUAAUGCGAUUAGUAGUUCAAAUUGAUAUACAAUUUUUACUGUCAGAAACGUCCUUUUUAUGAGAAAAUACUACAAAAAGCAGAUUUCCUUACUGUAAAAAUAGUAUAAUAUAUAAAUUAAUUUUUCAUAAAAUUUAACCUACAUAUUUUUUUCCAAUUCAAAAGGACAGUGAAGUAAGAAAAAAAAGUAUGAUUCAAUUAUGAGCAAAAAGUCAAAACUCAUUAGAGAACUUGAGCAGCUAGAAGAGGAGUUCGCUAGUAUAAAAGAAUCCAUAAAUGAAAGUGGGAAAAGUAGUUCCCUUUCAAAGCUCGAGGAAAAAUAUCAAAAAUUAAUUGAAAAUAUUCAUAAUGAGAAAAAAAAUAGAGAUGUCUUAAAUCACAUGUUUGACGUCAGAAGAGACAGCUUGACAAGUCUCAAAGACCGAGCAUUGAAGUUGGAAAAAGAUGUCUCUAAAGCCAAAUCUUUAGAAGUUCUUUUGGAUAGAAAAAAUAGUACACAGCUUCAAUUUCUAAGCAAAGAUGAGACUCAUUUAUUGAGAGAAGAGAGUCUGCUGAAUAGUCAAAAAAAUGAACUGAGAAAGAAACUCAACUCAGAACUAAAAGAAUUUGAAGGCCGUGAAACUCUGAUUUCCUUUUAUAAGAUUUCGCAAAAAAAUUGGUAUGAUCGCUGGGAGAGGCAAAUACUUGAAAAGAAAAUUGGCAAGAUAGGGGCAAGUAAGCAGGAAUCAUCACUUUCUGAAGAAAACUAUAUGUCAGAACUUGAGAGAGAUUUCAAUCUUAAUGUGGAGAAUCUUCAAAGCAUUAAAAAUGAAACUGGGAGUGGCUCCUUGUCUGAGCUAAGUCAUAAAUUGGCUAACCUCCUGAACAAAAAUUUUGUUUUCCUAAAUUUUUUUUUAAUUAAUUAUAAAUUUAUAUAUAAUUUUUUUUCGAAUUAAAAAAAAUCCCCCAUUCUAAAUAAUUUUAAAGCAAAUAUUAAUUUAAUUGUAAAAUUUAUGCUUUAAUAUGCAAGCUGUUUAAAAUUAAACAGAAUUAGCUAGAGAUUUCAUUAUAAUAAUUAUCAUUUAUAUAUCAAAAUAUUUUUCAUAUAAAAGUUUUUAUAUUAAAAAAAAAUUUUUUAUUCGCUAAUGGGGGGGUUUUGGGCAAAAAUUAAGGAUAUUUGCUCAUUAUCGGAGGGGAGGAGUAAGCAAAAAGAAACGAAGCAAAACUUAAUUAAUUUGCAAACUGAACUCCAAGACACACUUCGUAAGCAGCAAAUCGAAAUAUGCGAGUUAAGAAGAAUUUAUGAAGAUUUUAGUCACAAGAAUUGCUUUAACGAUUCUAACCUAAAUAAAAGAAGAUUUGAGAUUGAGCAACAGAUUAUACAUUCGGAAAUGGUUUUAGAGGGAAAAAUGAGCAAGCUAAAGAAAAUGAGUGAAGACUGUGCAAAAGUUAUUUCAGCACUGAAUAGCAUUGUCAGCAAAUUUAGCCGCUUUAAUCGAGACUCUUACAAGCUAUCGUCAUUUCCAACAAAAACGAUGAUUCAGAUUAUUUGCAAUUAUAUAUCAGGGUAA